AUGGUAGAAAAUGGGGUGCCACGGUUUAAGAGGAUGUACAUAUGUUAUUCUGGGUUGAGAGAUGGUUUCAAUGGAGGAUGUAGACCUGUCAUUGGUUUAGAUGGGUGCCAUAUUAAAGGUGUACAUCCAGGACAGCUACUAAUAGCAGUUGGUGUAGAUGGAAACAACCAAAUGUUUCCUGUUGCCUUUGCUAUGGUAGAAAUAGAAAAUAAAGACUCUUGGAGUUGGUUUGUGAACCUGCUAAGGAUAGACUUGAAAAUUGACAACUCUAACCACUGGACCUUUAUCACAGACAAACAAAAAGGAUUGGAACAAGCUUUGAAGGGGAUGUGGGAAGAAGGGAUACCUGAAGCUGAGCAUAGACAUUGUGCUAGGCAUUUGGAGAAAAAUUUCAUCAAGGUGUUCAAGGAAAAAUCGUUAAAAGACCUGUUAUGGAAGGUUGCUAGAGAAGUAACUAUUCAAAGAUUUGAAGCUGUUAUGGAAGAGAUUAGAAAGAUCAAUAAUGAAGCCUAUGAGUGGUUGAUUGCUGCAGGUCCAAAACAUUGGUCUAGAUCACACUUUAGGACUAACCAUAAAUGUGAUAUUCUAUUGAAUAACAUGUGCGAGGCUUUUAAUGGGACAAAAUCAAUAUUGGCUGCUAGAGACAGACCAAUAUUUUCAAUGCUAGAGCAACUCAGGAUAAAAUGGGAACUUACUAACAUUCCAUGUAGUCAUGCAGUGGCUGCUAUUUGGCAUAAUAAACAAGAUCCUGAGUUGUAUGUCAGUAAGUGGUACAUGAAAGAAUACUACAUGAAGGCUUACUCUCACCAAAUUUUUCCGAUUAGAAAUCAAGAUGAGUGGCCUAGAAGUGGGAAGGUUGCAAUGGUUAGCCCUAUUUGCAAAAAACAGCUAGGUAGGCCAAAGAAAUCAAGGAAAUUGGAGCUUGAUGAAAUGACUUCAGCUACUGGAAAGAAAUUGAAAAUAAGAUAUAUCACAAUUAAGUGUUCUGGCUGCGGUGGAAAGGGGCACAAUUUUAGAACAUGUGCAAGAAAUGCAGAAACCUCGGCUAAGAAGAACCCACCAAAAGAUCCUGGAACUUAUGCAAGAAACCAUAAUCCAAUGCCUCAUUAUUUAGUAAGCUCAUCAACCCAAAAAACAAGUGCACAAGAAACCACUCAACAGUUUCAAAAUAAAGCUCAGGCCAAGCAAUCUAUUCGAAUGAAACCAGCAAACAAGCAAGAUAAAGGUGGAAACAUUUUGAGGAAGAAAGUGAGAGUUGCAUCAAUGUACAAUGACCCAUGA